CCCGUCGAGGCAGUUUUGCAGUCCGAGAAGCUCGGGGCAAGUCGUGUACGCGGUAGCCAUGGCCAAGGUGAAGGAAGCCAUUCAGUGGACGGUCUUGAUGCUGGCGGUCUGCAUCCUAGUGGUGGAAGCCGCAAGUCGAGGGCCUAAAGUGCAGGUGUUUACCCGCUAUCCUCCGGAGAUUGGCAAGGAGAACACCUUUCAGUGCUACGUGGAUGGGUUCCAUCCUCCCAAAAUCAGCAUCGAGCUCCUGAAGAACGGCAAGCCAAUGGAGAGCCAGAAGAGCGACCUUUCUUUUCACCAGGACUGGGCCUUCCAUCAGCUCGUCUACGCCAACAUCACUCUCGAUGGGAAGACCGAGUACGCCUGCAAGGUGGAGCACGAAGCCUUGCGUGAACCCCAAACGCACAAACUCGAGUUGGAGUUCUGAGCAGCUGUCCUGAGGAAAAGAAGAUUGGAAGUCUUUUGCCACUUGAGAUGCGUUCCAGCCAUGCUAUCCUGAACCACUUUUUGUGUGCUGUCCCUACUUUGAAAUUACUGCUUUGGGGGGAAAAAAUAUUGCACCCUAUUUUGCAAUUUGAACUUUAACAGUAAUCCCGCCUUGUGUUGCUUUUGUUUAACUUCCUUUAUUAAAAUCUUCCGGAUGUUUGUUUGGAUUUUACUGGUGAAGGGAAAUAUUGUUGUAAAAAGGUGUAUGUUUGAACGCAACCACUUUCUUACCUGGCAUGUGUACUGCUGUAGUGAUUCGCCCUGAGCCCACUUGGGAGGGCAGAAUAAAAACUGAAAUAAAUAAAUAAAUGUAAGAAAUGUAACUUUAAAGAUUAUGGCACUCUUUCAAUAAAGAAACCUACUGAUCUUUAA